AUGUUGAUAGGCAUGUUUGCUCCCGGUCCGAUUACAUUUGUUUACCUGUCGCCUGAAUUGGCUGCGUUGAAGAUGGAUCGUCUACCGAUAGAGAUUCUCCUGUCCAUCAUCCAUGAAAUUCCCAACGCACGAGACCGACUGAAUCUCGUCCAGACAUGUCAGCGCUGGCGUGCGUCGUUUCUGGGAAUUGCUUUCCGCUCGAUCCGCCUGGAAUGGCUCCAUCUUCGGACUCUGGUCGUGGCGGCCCUUGCCAACUCAGCGAUCAGGUUCUCCAUCCGCGAGAUUUCGAUGGAGGUCGUCGCAUGGAACGGUUCACCGGCCGCAUUAGGCUCGGCAGUGCAGGACUUUCUCGAUCUCAUCAGCGACUCGCCCGUCGAAUAUGAUGCAUGGCCAAAAGCGCUGUCCAAUAACCAGAGUGAAGCGUGGAUUGCUCUUCUAAUGGCCAUUCUCCCCAACCUGACUGCACUUUCGGCACAGCAUAGCCACCCACGAGGCUGGAUUACCCGGAUUGCUGCGAAGGCCGCGUGGAAGCAAUUUCCUUUCGAUCCCAGCACUCUCCCGGCCUUGCAGCGAUUAGAAAAGCUCGACCUUGCCUGGCGUGGUCUCUCCACCGAGCUUCACUCUGCCUACAACGCAGCAGACCACCCCGCCUUCCUUCCAGUCCCAGGCUCGUCGCCGGUCGAAGACUUAGUCGUGGACUUCCUUUGCAACGGAAGACAUGGGAUGGCCGAUUUUAUUACCUCCUGUGCCAACCUGAAGCGCUUUGUAUACCAGCAUACGAACAACAUUGCCUGGGUUUCACGACAGGAGGAGGAGGAUUGCACGGGCGUAGACGCUAGCUUUCGGCCGUGGUGCUUCCAUGAGGCGCUCCAAACACAGAAGCACAGCCUGGAAAUUCUCCACCUGAAUGAUCUGGGCGAUGCGUCCAUCCCUCGACGAAGUCAUCUCUAUAGUGCGGAUGUUGACCCCAUCUCGCAUGAUCGGUGGUUCGGGUCGCUCGUGGAAUUUCGCAAGCUGUGGCAUCUACGUAUCCGCCCCAGCAACCUGACCAACUUCUACCCCAAAGAGACAGAGGAUAUGAUCCCGCUGGGAAAUAUUCUGCCGAGCAGCCUGAGAGUUUUACAUAUAGCCGAUUGUAGCGAGGACAACUGUACUGUAUUGGUCACCCACCUCGAGGAUCUUCUUGCUCGGCGAGAGGAACAGUUUCCAAAUCUACAGUCCUUACUCAUCUCUCCUGAGCGGGAGGACCUACACGGAACGAGCAUCUGCACUAAGGAGUCCUUCAGGAAGCAAUGGACGACCCUUGGGGUCCUGUGUGACCGGGUUGGGGUUCAGCUGUCCCUUGGGGUUGGGGAAAAGAUGGCAACAAAUGCACAGCAUUGGUCUCCGGGACGAGUUGUAGACGAGGCUUCGUUGAAUUAA